UAUUAUACAAAAAACCCGCAUUUGUCCAAAAGACCCAAGUAACAUCCCCAAGUCUCGAAAAUUCUGAAAACAAAACCCAAAUUUUUGAAUUCCAGCCCUCAAUUACUUGUGCAAACACUUUCCAAGCCCUUGCGUACUCUUCAUCCUCCAACAUAGGACCCAAAGACUAUUACUGGAUCUUUGAUUGUGGGGCAACCGACACCAUGUCCUUUGAUGAGUCGGAUUUCCUUGAAAUUACCCAAUCCACAAAACGAUAUGUCCAAACAGCCAAUGGAGAGUUAGCACCUGUGCAGGGGAAGGGCACUAUCACUGUCUCACCAACUCUUCGCAUCUCAAACUGUCUUUAUGUUCCGUCAUUAUCCCACAAACUCUUAUCUGUCAGUCAUGUCACAAAAGACCUUAAUUGCAAAUUACUAAUGCAGCCUCGGUUUUGCAUGUUACAGGAUAUCAAAACGGGGACGAUAGUUGGGCGUGGCACUGAGCGGCAUGGACUGUACUAUGUGGAUGAGAUAGCCCAACAGAGUACUGCGAUGCUGACUCACGGACUGACUGACAGACAGAUUUGGCUCUUGCAUCGCCGGUUAGGACACCCAUCUAUAGUCAAAUGUGUCUUCUUGGGAUAUGGAAAAAAUCAGAAAGGUUAUCGUUGUUAUGACCCCUUAACAGAUCGCAUGUAUACCACUAUGAAUUGCGACUUUGUUGAGAGUGAAUAUUUCUAUAGCCAAUCUAGCGGUCAGGGGGGGAGUGAAUCGGAAAAUUCGGGAUGUGACGCCCUAAAUUGGCUACCUCUUUGGGGAGAAACCAUUCAGGGGGAGAGGGAAAAUACACAAACUGACAUGCCUAGCCAGAACCCUGUCACAGAAGGCGGUCCAACAGAGGAAGUUAGCGGUACCACCGGGCCAUCAGACUCCCUAGAACAGAACACGCCGCUUCAAGACACUACCGAACUAUCUGACCAGUCUUUGAAUCCUGAGAUGAGUUGUGUACAGAACAAAAGACAUGGCACUCCGAAUUACCCCAUAGAAGCACGAGAGGUGUUCCUCCAAAAAGAUAUUCGCCAGACUGGAAAGGACGGAAAUCUCGGUACUCUGUUGCAAACCUAACACAAGGGCAUCUCACUGAAAUGGCAAGGGCAUUUGAGGCGGCACUUUAUGAAGAAGAAGAAAUUCCGCAGUCCUUCGAGAUGGCGAUGAAACACAAACAUUGGAGAGAAGCCAUGAAGAAAGAGAUUGAUGCCUUGAUAAAAAAUGAAACAUGGGAAAAGUGCACUCUACCUCCAGGAAAGAAACCAGUAGGAUGUCGUUGGAUCUUC